AUGGGUGAGCUUGUUGAUCGCAGCCGCGACGCGUCGCAGACGAUGAUUAAGAACAAUGUGAAUGUCUUCGGUACGAUUACCGACUCGGAGAACGAGCCGCUUCUAGGAGGUGAAUGUGGGAAACGUUUGAUGCCCCAUGUCAUCGAUGCAACGGCUAUCGCAGCGCCAGAUGUCGAUUGCUUGUUCGUCCCACGGACUCCUGGUUACCCCCGCGAUGGCUGGAAGCCUGUGAGCUGGGCGGAAGUUGCGAAUGCAGUCAACUAUGUGGCUCAUAUGCUGAUCGAACAGGCUGGGACGCCAACGCCUGGAACUUUCCCCACGAUUUCGUAUAUCGGACUUGAAGACCCGCGCUAUGUGGUUCUUAUCAUGGGCGCCAUUAAGGCUGGAUACAAGGCUCUGUUUAUCUCGCCACGGAAUUCUGUCGAGGCCCAGGUGAACCUGUUUAACAAGACGGACUGCAAUCUCCUAUACUAUGAUCAGUCGCUGGCAUCGAUGGUGAAGCCGUGGGUCGCGGGACGAUCAGGGAUGAAGAGCGUCGCAAUCCCUCCUUGGGAUGAGUGGGUGAACACGACGGUUGCCCCAUUUCCGUAUACAAAGACCUUCGAAGAGGCCGAAUGGGAUCCGUUUGUGGUGCUUCAUACCAGCGGUAGCACCGGUCUACCCAAGCCAGUCGUUAUCCCCCAGGGCUCGUUCGCCCUGAACGACCUGCAUCGCUAUGUUCCCGAUUACAAGGGCAACAUGCCGUGGUUAUCGACAUGGGGGAAAUUCGACAAUCCACGAUACCUCUGCACCUGCCCUCUGUUCCAUACCGCAGGAAUUGCACCCACUGUUUUGUCGGGCUUUUACUAUAACACCCCGGUGAUAUUCCGCGAUCCGUUGGUUCCGUUCACGGGCGAUAACGUGAUAGAGUGGUUGCAGAACUCCGGCGCGACAUAUACUGUCCUGCCCCCGGCAAUUCUGGAGCAGAUGUCGCGGUCACAAGUAGCGCUUGAUGAGCUGAGCAGGUUGCAAGUUGUGGCCUUUGGAGGAGGUCCAAUCGCACCCGCUGCAGCGGCCUCUCUACUCAAGAACAAGGUCAAGCUAGUCAACGCCAUCGGAGCAACCGAGUACAUCUACAUGCCAUACUACACACAACCAGACUCAUCCCUCUGGGAAUGGUUCAUCGUCCCGACAGAAUUGUUGGGUAUCGAGUGGCGGCCCUUUGGCGAGGACACAUUCGAGCAGGUCUUCAUUCGGCAGAAGAAGGGACAUCCCGGUGUGCAGGGUUGCUUUUACGUCUUCCCUGAGCUAGACGAGUACAGCACCUCGGACCUCUACCGCCCGCAUCCAACUUUACCAGACCACUGGACCUACGUGGGCCGUGCCGACGACAUUAUUGUCUUCUCUACUGGCGAAAAACUCAACCCCACGACUAUCGAAGGAGCGGUGAUCGGACAUCCGGGGGUUCUGGGCGCGCAAGUUGUGGGUGCGGGACAAUUCCAUGCUGCGUUGAUUAUUGAACCGGCACAACAUCCGCCAAAUGAGCAGGAGAAGCAGAAGUUCCUCGACGAUGUUUGGCCGGUUAUCGAGAAGGUUAAUGAACAGACUGUCGCGCAUGGUCGUAUCUUGCGUGAUUAUGUCUUCUUGUCGGACCCAGAGCGACCCUUCCCGCGGGCUGGCAAGGGAACAGUUCAGCGCGCCGUGGCUACAAAGCUCUACGCAGAUGAUAUUCGCCGCAUCUUUGAAUCUAGCUCUGAUACCAACGGCUCAGUCGCGGCCGUGGAGCUCGAUUUUAGCUCAGAGACCGCUUUUGCGGAAGGGAUUCGGGAUUUGGUGCAACAGACACUGAAGUUGCCUGCCCUUGGCGUUGAUGAUGAUUUCUUCACUGUCGGCGUCGACUCGCUGCAGGUUCUCCAACUGGCACGCGUGUUGAGCGCUAGUGUCAAGCAGUCCAUUGAGGGGAGGAGUAUCUACAGUCACCCAAGCAUUGCCAAGCUCAGUUCCUUCAUCAACUCUCUGGCUCGAUCUAGUUCGAAUGGAACUGCAGUCACCAGCACCGAGGCCGACACUCUGGCCCUAUGCUCGGCUCUUGUCGAGAAAUACACGCAGAACCUCCCUUCCCCAACAACUGAUAAACCCCUUCCCGCCGCUACAAACCAAACCAUCAUCAUCACUGGCACCACUGGAGCUCUAGGCUGCUACCUCCUUGACCUCGCCCUCGCAAACAAGGACAUCUCCAAAAUCAUAUGCUUCAACCGAACCUCCGACGCACGCGAGCGCCAAAUCGCAGCUAGCAGCUCCCGGGGCCUCUCCACCGACUUCUCACCAUCCCGCGUCGAAUUCCUCACCGUCGACCUCUCCACCUCAUCUACAUUCAACCUACCCGAAGAGACCGCAACCCGCCUCGCAGCCACAGUCGACCGCAUUAUCCACAACGCCUGGCCCGUGGACUUCAAUCAAUCCAUCGCCUCCUUCGAACCACACCUCCGCGGUGUCCGACACCUAAUCGACUUCGCCGCCACCGCCACCAAACGUAUCCCCAUCACGUUCGUUUCGUCCGUCAGCACAGUCGAGCAAUGGCCGGAGCCAACCCUCAUCCCCGAACAAUCCCUCUCAGACUUCACCCACGCCUCGCAGAUGGGCUAUGGCCAGUCCAAGCUUGCCGCAAGUCUGAUCCUCGACGCCGCAGCAACAACAUCCUCCGUACCACGCAAUAUCGUCCGCGUAGGCCAAGUCGCCGGGCCCCGCGCUGAACAAGGCCAAUGGAACCCGCGCGAGUGGCUCCCAACUCUAAUCCGCAGCUCCGUAUUCCUCGGCCUCCUACCCAGCCAACUCGGAGUCCUGGGUAGUCUGGGCUGGGCACCUGUCGAGGAUAUCGCCGGCGUUGUCUUGGAGGUAACUACCGGCCAAGACGGUAACGGCGGGUACUUCCAUGCCGUGAACCCGAAUCUUCCAGUCUGGGAGGACGUUAUUGUCCCCGCGGUCACAGAGUUCUAUGGAAGUCGGAUUGAGCGCGUUGUCAGUUUGCAGGAGUGGGUUGAGGCGCUGGAGAAGACCGCUGUUGGCGAGGUGGAUUUGGAGAAGAAUCCGGGUGUGAAGCUUUUGGAUACCUAUCGUCUUGCUGCGAUUGCGUCGAAAGGGGCGGGUGGUGAGGCUACUGCUGUUAGUGGGGGCUUUGCGACGGUGCGGACGGAGGAGGCGAGUGAGACUAUGCGGAGGAUGGAGCCGGUUACGGCGGAGUUGAUGAAGCGGUGGUGUAAACAGUGGCAGUUUUAG